AUUGUCACUAAGUAACUUUCGUCGUGGGUGGUUGUGUGAUGAAUUCGUGAAACGUACUAUCACAAAUGUGUAUUUGCCCUAAAGUUACUUACAUGAUUUGCUGAAAGCAUUUUCAUUGUAAUUUCGUAAAUAUCCACAGCCUAUAUCACUAGUAAUAAGUGAAUUUUAUUGUGUUUACGUAUAAAAUAGUGUACAACGUUAUUUGACUAAAAUGUUAUUGUGUGCUAAGUUUCAUAAUGGCGGCCCGUCGCGUCCCCCGCGCCUCCAUUUCGUUGACAGUCAAAUUAUGACAAUGCCGAUACGUAAAGUUUAGAAAUGUUGUGUUUUUGUAAAUAUUUUAGUGAAAGUUACUAGUUUUAUAGUUUAUAAGGACUCAAAAUGAAUACGGAGCAUCACAAUAUCAAUACGGGUGGCGGCCAGCCCCCUGGAAAUUCAGAGCAGCAGCAGACUGCGAAUUUGACCCCUACGACGUCCGCUACCGACCUGCGAGUGAACUCGGCGGCAGUAAACGUCGCUUUGUCUAGCGUCGCAAAGUACUGGGUGUUUACAAAUCUGUUCCCGGGACCGAUACCGCAAGUGUCGGUGUACGGUCUGCCCACGGGUACCAGGAUAGAAAAUGGGAAACCAGUGCAGGACCUUGGUCAAGCCCAUGCAAGCAUACUCAAUGGAGACCCCAACAUUAUACUUGGGCAUCCGGGACAGACCCAAGUUACUGUCUCGGCUGCGCAACAGUUACCACAGAUCAUUGCCACUCAGACACAAACACACGAUGCCCUGGCCCAUGCUCAGCAACAAGAGCUGUCCCAGCAGCAGGCCGCUGGUCAGGUCACAACUAACUCGGGUCAAACCCACCAGCAGGUACCCAAUAACCGGGUCGAGUUUGUACACCAUAACAUUGAUAUGGGGCAUCACUCGCAGCAACACAUAAUGCAACAGCAGCUAAUGGCAGCGACAAGGCCAGAACACUCCAACCAGCAGAUCCAGCUAACAGUGAGUGAAGACGGUAUCGUCACCGUGGUAGACCCGGGCGGAGGCAAGCUGGUGGACAAGGAGGAGUUGCAUGAAGCUAUCAAGAUGCCGUCAGACCAGCACACACUCACUGUGCACCAGCUGCAGCAGAUUGUGGGGCAACAGGUAUUAGAGAACGUGGUUCGCAUCGAGCAAGCUACGGGCGAGCCGGCGAAUAUUCUCGUAACACAGAACCCGGACGGCACCACGUCCAUAGAAGCCAGCGCCGCCGACCCCCUGGCCAUAGUCAAAGACGAGAAGGGCGGAUCCAAGAUAGAGACGGCCCACUUCGCGCUGCCUGCUGAGAUAAAGGACCUUAAGAGCAUUGAUUUAAAGAGUGUGGGUGCAAUGGGUAUGGAAGGAGCCGUAGUGAAGAUAUCCGCGGGGGCGGCGGACCACGACAUGCAUGCCAUGUACAAAGUCAACGUGGAAGACCUGUCGCAGCUGCUUGCUUACCAUGAGGUCUUUGGGAAACUUAACGCUGACGGGCAACCACAAGCCAAAGUAAUAAGCGAAGUGGAAGUAGAAGCGGGAACCAGCGCCGCCAUGUCCGCCGAGGAGAACUCGCCCGGACACCAUGCCUGUGAUAUUUGUGGGAAGAUAUUCCAGUUCCGAUAUCAACUCAUUGUUCACAGACGAUAUCAUGGCGAAAGAAAACCUUUCACGUGUCAAGUAUGUGGAUCCGCCUUCGCUAACCCCGUGGAGCUGUCAAGGCACGGGAAAUGCCAUCUUGACGUGGUUACAGCAGGCGACACAGCGGACAGGAACGCCAAGCGGCUGACGCAGGACAAGCCGUACGCGUGCACGACUUGCCAUAAAACGUUCGCGCGCAAGGAGCACCUCGACAACCACGUCCGCAGCCACACUGGGGAGACGCCCUACAGAUGUCAAUUCUGCGCGAAGACUUUCACCCGGAAAGAGCAUAUGGUGAACCACGUCCGCAAACACACGGGGGAGACUCCGCACCGCUGCGACAUAUGCAAGAAGAGCUUCACUAGGAAGGAGCACUUUAUGAACCACGUCAUGUGGCAUACAGGUGAAACUCCACACCAUUGUCAAAUAUGCGGGAAGAAGUAUACUAGGAAGGAGCACUUAGCAAACCAUAUGAGAUCACAUACGAACGAUACCCCGUUCCGCUGCGAACUCUGUGGGAAAUCUUUCACAAGAAAGGAACACUUCACCAAUCACAUACUGUGGCAUACCGGCGAAACCCCCCACCGCUGCGACUUUUGCUCGAAAACGUUCACCCGCAAGGAGCAUUUACUGAACCACGUCCGGCAACACACAGGCGAGUCUCCGCACCGCUGCAACUACUGCUCCAAGUCGUUCACGCGGCGGGAGCAUCUGGUCAACCACGUGCGCCAGCACACCGGAGAAACGCCCUUCCAGUGCGGGUACUGCCCCAAGGCCUUCACGAGGAAGGAUCACCUAGUAAACCAUGUGCGACAGCACACCGGCGAGUCCCCUCACAAGUGCUCGUUCUGCACCAAGUCGUUCACGCGCAAGGAGCACCUCACCAACCACGUGCGGCAGCACACGGGCGAGUCGCCGCACCGCUGCACCUACUGCGCCAAGUCAUUCACCAGGAAGGAGCAUCUCAACAACCAUGUCAGACAGCACACGGGGGAAACUCCGCACAAGUGCACGUUCUGCCCGAAGGCGUACUCGCGCAAGGAGCACCUCAACAACCACAUCCGGCAGCACACCGGCGACGCGCCGCACGCCUGCUCCUACUGCAACAAGAGCUUCUCCAGGAAGGAGCAUCUUGUCAAUCAUGUCCGGCAACACACGGGCGAGACGCCGUUCAAGUGCACGUACUGCUCGAAGUCGUUCUCGCGCAAGGAGCACCUCACGAACCAUGUGCACCUGCACACCGGCGAGACGCCGCACAAGUGCCCCUUCUGCACCAAGACCUUUAGCCGCAAGGAACACCUCACCAACCAUGUCAGGAUACACACGGGCGAGUCGCCUCACCGAUGCGAGUUCUGCCACAAGACGUUCACGCGGAAGGAACACCUGACCAACCACCUGAAGCAGCACACGGGCGACACGCCGCACUCCUGCAAGGUGUGCUCCAAGGCGUUCACUCGCAAGGAACAUCUGGUGGCUCACAUGAGAUCACACAGCUGUGGCGAGCGGCCGUUCAGCUGCGGCGAGUGCGGCAAGUCGUUCCCUCUGAAGGGUAACCUGUUGUUCCACGAGCGCUCGCACAACAAGAACGGCAACGGCGCCCGGCCCUUCCGAUGCGACAUCUGCUCCAAGGACUUCAUGUGCAAAGGUCACCUGUCGUCGCACCGGCGCACGCAUGCGGGUGCGGGUGCGACAGCGGGCGCGGCGGCGGAGGGCGCGGCCGAGCCGGCGCCCGAGUGCGGCGACUGCGGCGUCAAGUGCGAGAAGGACGCGCAGGAGCCCGAGCGGGGACACGACUCCAGACCUUCAGCAAACGCGAGUCCGGCGGAGAGCGCCGUAGCACAAAACCCCCAACAAGCUAACGCGACUGUGAUGCAAAUUACCAGCCAACAAGUCCGAGCGCCGGGCGGCGUCGGGCUGGAGGCGGCGGGAGCCACGUUCGCGCACCCCGUCACCGUCAACUACUAACUGUCCCAACUCUCCCCUCCAUACUCUACUACUGAUUCCACUACCUCCGACUCCACUGCAACUCCCUGCAUGCCUGGGGUGACCGGUGACCGUUCGAAAUGCUAUCACAAAUCUUACGUUGGCGUUCG